UGUUGUUAUGGUUACGGAUACGCUUCCGCAAACAAAACUGCCUCGCUUCUCUCCGGUUGAACUUGUCUUUCGGGGGGCUUUGUAAACUAGUUUUUAAGCAUGAAUUUGCAAGAUAACGACGACCUCGAAAGAUUUUUGAGGAAUGUUGACCAAAUGAAUGAGUUGGUAAAAGAGUUCAGUUCCAGCGACGUGUAUCGCAGGGAGAAAGCAAUUGCGAAGGCAGAUCAAUUCAUCUCAUCCCUGGAGCAGAAGGAACCGUGUCAAACCAAAAUCAAUAAAACUGUUAUAAACAAAAGUCCUUCAUCUGAAAAUUGUCCAGCGAACAUCCAGUAUGAAUCGGGUCAAAAUCCAGAGAUUUUCUUGAGGAUAUUAGAAAAAGAUGCAGAGGAGAGAAGACUGAGAAGAAAGAUGAAGGAAGAAAAAGCCAAUGCGUUAAGGGAGCAGGGGAAUGAGGCUUUCACUCAAGGUGACUACGAAACGGCUGUCAGGUUUUAUACUGAAGGCUUGGAGCAGCUGCGUGACAUGCAGGCUCUCUACACAAACAGAGCACAGGCCUUUAUCAAGUUGAAGAGAUAUAAGGAGGCCAUAAGUGACUGUGAGUGGGCUCUGAGGUGCAAUGAGAAGUGUAUUAAAGCGUAUGUGCACAUGGGAAAAUCUCACCUAGCACUCAAGGAUUUCAAACAGGUAAGUAUCGUUCAGGAGAAGUCCUUCUGUCCUUUUAUGUCUAAAGCUGGAUUACAUUUAUAUUUCUCACCUUAUCUGAACUCUCUGACCUGUUACUUUUGCUUCACUUUUCAGUCCAGGAUUUGCUAUCAAAAAAUUUUGGAGAUAGAGCCGCAGCGUGAGACCAUGGUCAAAGCUUAUCUGAGACAAGUGGAUUUGGAAGAGAAUGCAUCUCUCCAGGAAAAGGCAGCUUGGGAAGAGCUACAGGAGGGAACAGAGCAGGCCAGGACAGUACCAGAGCUGCUGAAGAAGCUCAACAGACCCAAUGAGAUCAGUCUUUACUACUGUGGUGGAUUGGAGCUGGUCUCACAGGCUAUUAAAGACUGUACUGGGCAGACAUUUUUCAGAUUAAACAAUGGCUUCAGUAUCAUUAAUGGCAAUAACACCAUAAGAAGCUGUCUCUCACAGAAUUCAAAAGAUCCAUAUGCUGUUGAUUUAUGCUUGGCCAUCGUCAAACUAUGGAAGACAGUUUGCAGUGGAAAUGAGCUUAACCAACAGCUGUUGAUGGAGUGUCCUGGUACUAGAGAACACAUGGUCCAGCUGUUGGCUUCACCGGUACGUGAAAUACAGAGGGAAAGCCUGGAAUUGCUCAGCAUGUACUCACAAACUCAGCACGGACGAAACGUGCUCAUCGACAACCUGAAUUCAAACCAAAUGGCUGAGAACCUGAUGAGCUGUGUUUGCCGCGAUAUGAGCUCUGCAUUGGCGCUUACAGUUCUGGAGAACUUGGCCGCAGAAAACAAAUUUAAGAUUCAGUCAAGGGAGAACUUCACAGCAGUGUUUGCCUUUCCUCUUGAACAUCUGCUGUCAAAUAUCAUGACAGCCGACCACAAGACACUGGCUUCUGUGAUUUCUGUGGUCGGGACCAUGGCUCGAGAUGAUGUCAUCAGUAAAAAGCUGGCAGGACAUAGCGAAUUUUGGAGAUGCUCUCUCCAAACUAUGCAGUGCAUCGGCUGUGAAUGUAAAAGUGUCCUCUACCCCCUCUUGGGCUUGAUGAUCAACUUAGCCUCAAAUCCCUCUCAGGUUGUCCAGGAGCACGCUGUUCUGGCCAGCAGCAGGUGCUUGGACCUGCUGAGCGAUUCCUCUGGAGGCGUCAUCACAAGAGCUGCAGGUUUGCUGAGCGUUCUCCUCCCGAUGUCUCCUGAUGCCACUCAAGAAGUUGUGCAAAACGGAAUAGUGAAGAAGUUGCUGAAGAUUCUGAAGGUAGGAGGAGAGAUGAGCUCCAGAUACUCCAUUAAAGCCCUGACAUUCUGUACUGCCUCAAUCCCACAGGCCUGUGAAGAGCUGGUAAAGCUUGACAAACGGCUGCACACUUUGAGAAAACUCCUGGGCAGUAUUGACGAGUUGGUGGUAGGGAACGCAGCGUUGUGUAUGGGCCAUUGCUUAGAAGUGGAUGGAGCUGCCGUUAGCCUCCUAGGCACAGACUGCGUGCAGUUGCUGCUACACCACGCCGCCAGAGAUGCCAAGAGAGCAGCCAUUCAGCAGAAUGCAGCCAUUACUCUUGGGAAGCUGUGCAAAAUAGAGCCCAGGCACAUGGAGAAACUCAGGGAGCUCCAUGGUUUAGAAAUCCUUCACUCCUGUUCUGGCGCAAAUCUCAGAUGAUAUCUGCGGCACUGGCAACUACACAACAGAGAUGAGUCUGAACUUGGAGAGAGACAUCAUGCCUGGAGAUCUCAUCCCUGCCCUCGGAAAUCUACGAGUAGUCAUCAGUCUGAAAACAAAUAACAGCCAGGUGAACCUAGAGAUAAAAUCCUGCUGCCUCUCUCCCAACGCCAGACUUGAUGAAUUUAACACCACCUGCUGCAUUUUUUGCAGGUAAUGCCUCUCAAGUUAUUUUAGAUUAACUGAAAUCACAUGGUGUCCUUGAACCAGGCCACAUUUCACAU